UCUACAUUGUCAGUUACUAAACGGAAACUACCAACUAGCCUAACUGGUAUAAAUAAAAUAGGUAAAAUCAACUUGUUGAAAAGCAGAACUUCUGAUUUGUGUAUUUAACAUAGCAACGUCUAAUUUAAUCAAUGCCAACUUUGCGGGAAAAGGUGGCAGAAUUCUUAAAGCAAGUAUCUUCUGCGGGAACUGAAAGUGAAAAUAGAACAGAUGUAAAUGCAAGUUGUACCUUGCCUACUUCGGGUUGUUUUAUUCAAAAGUAUUUGAAUGGGGAGUUCUCAAGGCCACAACCAGAGAUUUUCUUUGGUAAGUCAUGUUAUGAUCUACCUGUAGAAGAAAUCAGCAGCCUUUCUAAUGUAGAUGUGGCUGCAUUCACUGGUCCAUUUGGUGGUUUAACGAAGGUGAACAGAAACAAAAGGUCUUUCCAUUUGUCAGAACCUGAUGUGGAUUUCAUAGACAGAGAUAUUAAAGAGAGUUUUGAUGGGGAUAAAGAGUUGGCUACAUCCACAGAAAAGUUGCAUAUAGCAAGAAAUGGUGUCCAUAAAGAAGGAGGUAGAAAACACUUGGAGGGUAAUAACACAGAAGAUUCAACUCAGGUUCAGGAUUUUCUUGGAGAGGAAGGAGACAUUAUAGCGGGUCUGAAGAACUGGAACAGACCAUCUGAUGAUGCAUAUGGUGUUGCUACAACAUUAUAUGAGUGUCAUCCCGUGACGAGGGAAAAUGCAGGUCAGUUAAAACCUUAUCUGGUAGUUAUGGAGCUUUGUUCUAGCACAAUU